UACACCGAUAUUAAAAAAUACCUUCUCAUAUUUCAAAUAAAUGUGCAAAUGAUCGGUGUAAAUGAUAUGAGACCUAAAUGAUAUGAUUGAUGCGGAGUGUGAUUAAUGUCCUGUGGUUAUCGACUAUCUCCGACGCGUUUUCUGCAAUUGUAAUGAUUUCGUAUUAAAGAUAUCUAACGGUUGUGUUACUAUAAAAGUUAAUAAUUGAAUAAAUGUAAGUCUGUUCUCUGGUUGUCACCGUUGAGGCCCGUAAACCAUGCUGCUGCUUAGUACUGCUGGACACACGAUGCAGAUUAAGCGCUGUGUUCGUAUCAAAAGAUGACAAAUACGUUUGUUUUCCCACUCACUAAGUCUCCUCUUGUCGUACUUCAACAAGUGACUUUUAAUAAGACUACUGUUCACAACGAUAAGAAAUCCUGUGUUGAUAGAUGUGCAUUUUUAGUAAACAAAACCAUUAACCGAAGACGGAGCUUUGCCAUUCGUUGACGUUGGAUGCCUCCGUCCAUCUGAUUGGUCAGUCAUAUUGUGACAGCGCUAAACUGAGUUCGAUCUACUGUAUCGUUUUUGCUGACGUUCAUGCUGACACGGCAAUGUCCUAUCCAAUGUCAUAUGUUUCAGAGAUCCUGACAAGGAGAGAGACGACCGGCCAGAAUGCUCUGAGAUGGUGAACUAGAGAUCAAAGAUGGCCGCCGAGCUGUACCCUAGCAGCCUCAACACCAGUCUCCCCAGCAGCACUGAGUCGAACAAGAAGAGCUUCAUCCAGGUGUCGGAGCCUGAGUCGCUGCCCACGCCCAGCGACCCCCAGCCCAGCGCCAGCAGCACCGGCCAGCCCAGCAGCUGGCAGGCCACCCACCCCACGCUGAGAGAAAGGAAUGCCUUGAUGUUUAACAGCGAGCAUAUGGCCGAUGUUUUCUUCAUCGUCGGACUACCAGGAGAAUCCCAGAGAGUCCCUGCCCACAAGUAUGUCCUGGCCGUGGGGAGCUCCGUGUUCGGGGCCAUGUUCUACGGAGACCUGGCCGAGGGAGAGAUGGAGAUCCUCAUCCCAGACGUGGAACCGGCCGCAUUUCUCAUCAUGUUAAAAUACAUGUACAGCGAUGAGAUCGAGCUGGAGGCGGACACGGUUCUGGCCACUCUGUACGCCGCCAAGAAGUACAUCGUGCCGGCGCUGGCCAAGGCCUGCGUCACCUUCCUGGAGACCAGCCUGGAGGCCAAGAACGCCUGCGUGCUGCUGUCCCAGAGCCGGCUGUUCGAGGAGCCCGAGCUCACGCAGCGCUGCUGGGAGGUGAUCGACGCCCAGGCCGAGCUCGCCCUGCGCUCCGAGGGCUUCUGCGAGAUCGACCGGCCCACGCUGGAGAUCAUCCUGCAGCGGGAGACGCUCAACACCCGCGAGGCGCUGGUGUUCGAGGCCGUGCUGGACUGGGCGGCGUCCGAGUGCGGGCGCCAGGGUCUGGUGGUGACGGCCCCCAACCGGCGCGCCGUGCUGGGCAAGGCGCUGUACUCGGUGCGCAUCCCCACCAUGACCCUGGAGGAGUUCGCCGACGGGCCGGCGCAGUCCGACGUGCUGACGCUGGAGGAGACCCACGACGUCUUCCUGUGGUUCACGGCGGCCAAGAAGCCCUGGCUGGAGUUCCCCCUGGCGCAGCGCACCGGCCUGAGCCCCCAGCGGUGCCACCGCUUCCAGUCCUCGGCCUACCGCAGCAACCAGUGGCGGUACCGCGGGCGCUGCGACAGCAUCCAGUUCGCGGUAGACAAGCGGAUCUUCAUGGCGGGCCUGGGCCUGUACGGGUCCAGCGGCGGCAAGGCCGAGUACAGCGUCAAGAUCGAACUCAAGCGCCAGGGCACCACGCUGGCGCAGAACCUGACCAAGUUCCUGUCGGACGGCUCGAGCAGCACCUUCUCGGUGUGGUUCGAGCACCCGGUGCAGGUGGAGCAGGACACCUUCUACACCGUCAGCGCCGUGCUGGACGGCAACGAGCUCAGCUACUUCGGCCAGGAGGGCGUGACGGAGGUGCAGUGCGGGAAGGUGACCUUCCAGUUCCAGUGCUCCUCGGACAGUACCAACGGGACCGGCGUGCAGGGGGGGCAGAUCCCCGAGCUGGUUUUCUUUGGCUGAGCCCCGGAGGGCCAUGGGGGGGAAAUGUUGAACUCGUUCAGACCUCAUCGGUGGACUCGUACAGAUUAAUUUAUUCAGAUUUAAUCCAGGAUGUAGGAUUUUAAAUCUAUAGUCCCAGGUCCUCGUGGCUUGUCAUGUGUCCCUGGAUGUUUAUAAUGAGAUGCCCUGUCCUCUUAUUGAUGCUGUAUUGAACACUGAGCUGCUGGUUAAAUGAAAACCGCUAUGAUGCUGAAGGUUGAAUUAUUACUUCCGUGUUGAAUGAACGCUGUGUUGUCCACGCGGCGUGCGCGCCAUGGAUCUCUAGGCUGGUGCUUAUGUUUUUAUGUUGCCGUGUCAGGGAGUCCACCAAAGCCCCCCCAAAAGAUGAUAUUUUACAAAUGAACAUCAACUCAACGAUCUUUCAUAAAUGACCUGGAAAACAUGCAGGAAAGACGGGGCAGGUGGACGGUCACGUGACGUGUAUUCAUUUUACUCUACUGGACGCUGCAGUAUAAUUCAACCUUUUAAACAUGGUUUAUAGUCGCAAUAGCUAAACAACAAGGGCAAAGUUUACAACAAAUACCCAGUGUACUCGUCCCGUUCUGAUACACCUUCUGUUCUGUAUAUUUUACAUAAGUGUUACAUAAACUUUAACGAUUUUACAGAAUAUAACAACGAA